AGUCCGUCAGUAGUUCCUGGGAGCUUUGACGUGGUGUUCGUGCGCGUCCCCCGUGCCAGAACCCUUCCGUCGAAUUAUUAUUGCACUUGGACGCCCGUCGUAGUAUAAUCGUUAUAUGACGUGGAAGCUCGACUCUGUGGCAAAGCCUUGGUUUGGUGUUUGGGUGCCUCGCAAAUCUCCGUUGGAAAUUGGUGAGAGAAAGUCACACCUGAAGAGAUUAUUCAUAAAUAAAAGAGAGAAAGAUUUAAUCUCAAGUAGUUGAUUGCAUAUAGACUGUUUCUAACAAGCGAAAAAACAGAGCCUCUUUUGCCGUGUGAGUUAUUUGGACAGUAAUCAAAGGACUGUCAGUGACUAUUUGCUGUUAUUAAAAUGGUGCGAAAGUCAAAUAACGCCGAUGGAAGAAACGAUGAACGUUCAAACAGUUUUGUAGUAUAAAAUAAAUAUCCAUCCGUCUCUCUCUCUCUCUCUCUCUCUCUCUCUCUCUCUCUCUCUCUCUCUCUCUCUCCUUUUCUCCAGAAAGCAGAAUUGCUUUCACUGAUACCGAAUUGAAGACGAGAUUCGCCCUGGACAAAUGACGGUGGUCGGGAUCGGCAUGGCGAUAACAAAUUGGAGUGAACUGGUUGUUUUGGCCAUCCUACUGGUCUGUUUUUCGUUCGCCCCUUGCGCAGCGGAGGAAGUCUCGACGGAAGAUCCAGUCUCCGAGAUCCGCCACCUGCUUCCGGAGGCCAAUCUGUCCAACAACACAGUCACGAACGUGACGGUCCAGCUGGGCGCCACCGCCUUCCUACCCUGCAAAUACCGAAACCUGGCCGAUCACCAGGUCAGUGACGAUCAGGUCUCGUGGUUCAGAAGGCGAGACUGGCACAUCCUCACGACGGGAAUUUUCACUUACACGAAUGACGAGAGAUUCUCCGUUCUGCACCCGGAGGACUCCAAUGACUGGACCUUGCAAAUCAAGUAUACCACCAGAAGGGACAAUGGAACUUACGAAUGUCAGCUGGCCACAGGCACCGGCAUCAUAUCGCAGUUCGUGAACUUGCACGUCGUGGUACCUCAAGCCUACAUUCUCGGGAGCAAAGAGUACCACGUCCAGCUGGGGUCGACGAUCAAACUCGUCUGCGUCAUCAAGCAGAGCCCGACGCCGCCCCAGUACGUGUUUUGGUAUCACAACGAGCGAAUGAUCAACUACGACAACCGACGAGGAGGGAUAAACGUUUCCACAGAAACGGGACCCAAAAAGACGCAGUCGUACCUCACCAUCACAGACGCCCACUACGACGACUCCGGAAACUACACCUGCUCUGCAUCCAACACGCAACCUGCAGCCACAAACGUCUUCGUGUCUUAUGGCGAUAAAAUGGCAGCAAUACAGAGGCGGAAGGCGGCAGCUGGGGCCAGUUCUUUGUUCCCGCUCUGCAACUUGUGGAUGAGUUCGGUCCUAGCGCUGGGCUUCCUCGGCCUCAGAUGAUAUGCUUGGCCGAUCACAGCAGCGGUUCCUUACUAGCGGACGGCCGAAAGGCCUCUCUCUAUAUAUAUAUCCCUCUCUCCCUCUUCAGAAAGGGAAUCUGCUGAAGUGGCUAGUGGGCAGUUUUCUGUCACGCUGCUGCCAGAACACGGUGAUUUCUGAAGACUCGUUGCUACACGCCGACUUUCGGAUAGAAAAAAAUAAACAAGAAUUCUAUUUUAAAAGAGGAACUUGCGUUUGGUCUACAAGUGCGAGCAUUUUCUAUUUAUGUAUAAAAGAGUAACAUUGAUAUAGACGCAAUCUGUUGGUGGGUGAGCUAGAAGGAAAGACGCAGCAGACGGAAGUAAGAGCCGUUGGCCAAGCAUAGUACGACUACUCGUCAGCUCUUUGGCUGUGUGUACGCUGACAAGCUGACACUUCUAACAGUUUCCAUCCAAUUUCGUUAUAAGAUAUAUCGCUAUAGAUCGGGGCGCAAACUGAAUCGACGCUCCCGACGGAGAAAAGACGAAAGCAAAAUGCGUCAUGUGUUAUAGUAGUUCCCAAAGAUGUGUUUUUACGAAAUGUGAUAAAAACGAAUCGCUUCGUACUGCCUCCGCGAACAGAGAUAUUCUGGAGGUGGAAAAUGGAAAAUGGUUGUGUGAAGAAGUCCUGUGUACCUCCGAAUUCAAUGCGGUCAAAGUGACAGUAAAAGGACAGACAGCUGUGCUAUGUUAUCAGUGUCAAUGUUACCGGUGAGCGAAAGAAUAGGCAGCGAAGACAGAAAUACAUAAAAACAGGAUAAAGAUGGGGUUCCCUUCAUAGCGAAAAAAAAGUGUGUUGUGAGUGAGGAAUAUAUUAAUGUCACUGAAAAUCACUGCAUCGCAAUGUAGAGCAGUCUUUGAUCAAUAGACAGGUAUAUUGUUUGUUUCUGUACGAGAGUUGUCAACUUCAUGUCUGUAAUACAUUCCACGAUUGUAAAUAUGCAACUGGGAAUAAUAUACUUUCUAUAAUUGAAGGCAGAGGGUGCACAUGAAUAAGCAAACAAAAGAUUAUAUAUAUAUAU